UGCGCAGGCGCCCUCCUCUCCACGUCUCCUCCGGAGGAAAAUGGAGUAAAAUAUUUCAAUGCGUAUUUUCUGGAAAGUUAUUUAGGAUUUACAUUGAAAAAAAAGAGCAAGCACUUGAAAAAGCGACUUCAUAAAAUGAUUAUGAAGAACUUCAUAAAAUGACAUAAACAUCAAACAAAAAAAAUUUAAUAAAUACUGUACAUAGGAUGAAUGUGAGGAAUGAAAAAUAAUCAUUGUAACGAAUCUCAAGACUGUGAGAUGACAUAAAAUUGUAAAUAUAAAUGAGGAAUUUGAAUUAAAUCGAAUCCCAUGAUUGAAUCGAAUAAUGUACAAAUAUUGCUUGACGAUAUUAUUCAGAGGAGAAUAAACAAAAGAUAAUAGAAAAUAUUCGAGAGGCCAAAUUGAAAAGAAACGAAUAACAAGAAAUAAUAUCAUGGAAAUGGAAGUGUCAGGAGGAGAAUGUGGUGAUCGUUUUGCGAGGAAGCGGCCCACGUCCUUCUGGAUUGUGGAGUGGAUCCAGAUAAAAGAAUUGACGACUGAAUGGAUUGAAUUCAAGAAGAGCAAUAUUAAAUCACCGGAUCCUUGUGACUUCAUCUACUCAGCGAGAAUAAACAACAGAAAUGGACUGGAUAUACAGGUGGGGAAGAAAAAUGCAAAGCCAGCGAAAGCCAAUAUAACAGUGAGCUUCAUCGACAUGUCGGUGGACAGAAUGGUAAGGCUGGAUGAUUGGACAGAGGAUUAUUGCUUCUGGAAUGUCAUCAAGGCGAAUGUUCUUCGAGAAAUCGACAGAGUUCACAUUAUGGUACUGAACGUUUGGUACGGAUUUAUCGAUGAAAUACCACCACUACCUGCUCACCAGAUGGGUCCAGGUUUUGAGUAUUUUUAUCUGAACGAAGAACUCAGUGACUUCAAGAUAAUAAUUGGUGAGGAGUCGUUGCCUGUGCACAAGUUUCUGCUAGCAGCAUCUAGUCGUGAAUUCUUGAAAAUGUUCAUUACCCCGAUGAAGGAGUCCCAGGAGAAUCGAGUGGUAAUCGAGGAUAUCGAAUUGCCAGUGAUGAAGGAAGUCCUCAGGUACAUCUACACCCACGACGCACGUGCCCUCGAUGACGUUCAGAUGGCCCUCAGUGUUCUCAUUGUUGCUGAAAAAUAUGGCCUCGAGAGCCUCAAACACGUAUGCCAGAAUCAAUUGUGUAAACAAUUGAAUAUUGAUAAUGCACUUCUGAUUCUGGAUGUAGCUGACAUGUACAAUGCAGUGCAAUUGAGAAAAUUUACGAUUAAUUUCCUGUCCGAGAACAAGAAAAAAAUCGUCAGCAGGAGUGACUUCAAGGAUCUCUACCACAAAAAGCCCGAAUUACUCUUCGAUUUUAUAACAAUGGCACUGGGAAAGUGAAUUUUCAAUUUAUCAAUUUGAUAUUAAAUGCUAUUCGCCAGAUUUUCUUGUUCA